AACGCUCUGGCGCAUUCAGUCGUCAACGUCGCGUUGUUCUUGCCACCCGCCACACGGAGUCGCGAGUUCCCAAAGCAAUCGAAACAUCUUGCAACCAUUUGGAAGAACAAAACUCUCUAACGAAAACUGUGUCCACUGAUUUACGUUUCGAUUGUGUUUGUGCCUGUGCAGGAUGCGCGUUUAAUUGGCGAUUCGAUUCGUUACAAAUUCAGCUUCGAACUGGUUUUCCACUUUACGGAAAAUCUAUGGAAAUGUUGCGUCUGCUUAGCUUUUUGUGCGCUUUUCUCGGCUUCCUGCAUAAUCCUGUGCUAGCUGAAAUUGAAUACAAUACCAUCAACGCAGAUGGAUCUUUUCAAUUUCGACAUGCAAAUGAUGACAUUGGAGGCUACUAUCAUAGCGCCUCCGGCACUCCAGACAAUGUUGUGCGAGGUCGUUAUGGUUCGCGUAGUCCAGCGAGCGGCCAAAUCGAAGAGACCGUCUACACAGCCGGACCACGUGGCUUUCGCGUGAAUGGACCGAAGAUACAUCGCAAAAUGGACCUGGCUCAGUAUCCGGUACGUCCACGUGGCAGUCCCGAUGAUCCGCUUGCGGAUCCCUACGAUGAUCCCUCCUACAGCUUUAAAUUCCGCACGCCGGAUCAAUCGCGCAGCGAGGAAAACGAUGCCAGCAAUCGCAUUAGAGGCAAGUUUAAAGUUUUAACUAAGAAGUUACUCAAGUUUCCUUGCUCGUUAUCAGGUCUCUACUCCUAUGUGGACGAUGUGGGUGAACGACACAGCGUACGCUAUGCUGCUGGCGCUGGCACAGGCUUCGAGAUCUCCAACGCUGUGCCCGACAAUCCCGCCAUAGUUGGCUACUCCAGUCCGCUGUACAAGGCACAUCCUAAGACACGCGGCAAAAUGUCCGUGCAACGUGGUCCCGGCGGCACUUACAAGCUCAUCGCAGCUGGUCCCGAUCAUCGACGAGCCGAGAGUCGAGCUCCAGAUGGUUUGGUGCGUGGCACUUACUCCUUCCUGGAUGACAAAGGCGUUCAACGCACUGUGGAGUAUAUAGCGGGUGCCGGGAUUGGUUAUCGCGUGGUCCACAAUCGUGUGGGUCCAGGAACGCACAUAAAUCCUUCUGUGGCAGACUUUCGCUUGAGUGACACGGAUUUCCGAUUGGCCAAUGACUUUGGUAGAGGAGCAGGUGGAGGUUUAGGUGGCGUAAGUGGAGCUGGUAGUGGAGGUGGUGCAUCCUCUGCCUCUGGUGCUGGCUCUGGGCCAAGUGGAGCGGGUGGCGCUGGAGGAGCUACAGGGGGCAGGGGACGCACUGGUGGCAAGGAUUACUUGAGGCCAGCGGGCGGUGGCAGAGAUGAAGACGCAGCUGCAGCCGGCGAUGAUGUGGGUGAAGAAGAUAAUGACUUAGGAAAUGGAAACGGUGAUGGGAAUGGAGCUGGCAAUGAUGAAGAUUUUGAGUUAAGUGGAAGCUCAGGGGGCAGCGCUACUGCCUCGCGUGGCAAGGAAGAUCGAAGGGGUUAUGCAGCGGGCGGAGGGCAAAGAGGCAGAACAAGGUAUGGGGGUGGAAGCGGAGGAGGAGGAGGAAGUGGAGGUGGAGGUGGCGGAAGUGGAGGAGGUGCCAGUGGUGGAAGCAGAGGCGGUGUCAGUGGCGGAGGAGGAGGAAGUAGGGGAGGAAACGGUUCAGGGGCAAGCAGAGGAGGAGGCGCUGGGUCAGGCAGCAGGGGAGGAGGCUCCUCGGGCAACAGAAACCGCGGUGGCUCAACCGGUCUCAAUGCCAGCGGCUCGAGGAAUCGCAAUCGCUUCAGCGGUGACGGCGGCUCCUCAGAGAGCGGCUACUUGCCACCAACCGGAGGCGGCAGCAGCAGCGGCAGCGGACCAGGAGACAACUACAAUCUGAACGAUGACGAUGUGGGCAGUUCGCUGCCACCGUUGGUCACCGCCAAUCAUCGCAUACUGGAGAUCGACAGGGAUCGCGAGUGGGUGCAGAGACAUCGCGACUCUACGGUCAUCCGCAAUGUGGGCAAAUGGUAUGUGGGACUGCCGCCGGGACAAAGUGUGCGCGCCCAUGUGCAGAACAUCGAUCUGGUGCCACUCGGCGGACGUGUCAACUUGUCGCCAUCGGAGGCGUUGCGUCAGGACGAGAUUGCCGAGCUGAGCGCCUCCAGGGAGCAUUAGAGCUGAGCAACACCCUUACACUUGGUAGUUGUAGUUCGUAGUCCAUAAGUGUCUAGUUGUAAGCGACUCUUAACGGGGUUAACCGGCUGCGGUUAACCUCUGCUCAAUUGUAACAGUAUUUAUGCCAAAUACACGAGUGUAUUAAUCAUGUAACAAAAGUGCAUUC